CUAAGGUUGGGGGCUGGCAGCGGCGGCAGCAAGGAGCUGGGAAGCUGAGAAGCCGGGAGCGCGGGGCUCAGUCGGGGGGCGGCGGCGGCGGCGGCUCCGGGGAUGGCGGCGGCUCCGCUGCUGCUGCUGCUGCUGCUCGUGCCCGUGCCGCUGCUGCCGCUGCUGGCCCAGGGGCCUGGGGGCGCACUGGGAAACCGGCAUGCGGUAUACUGGAACAGCUCCAACCAGCACCUGCGGAGAGAGGGCUACACCGUACAGGUGAACGUGAACGACUAUCUGGAUAUUUACUGUCCGCACUACAACAGCUCAGGGCCUGGCGGCGGGGCGGAGCAGUACGUGCUGUACAUGGUGAACCUGAGCGGCUACCGCACCUGCAACGCCAGCCAAGGCUCCAAGCGCUGGGAAUGCAACCGGCAGCACGCCUCGCACAGCCCCAUCAAGUUCUCCGAGAAGUUCCAGCGCUACAGCGCCUUCUCGCUGGGCUAUGAAUUCCAUGCGGGCCAAGAAUACUACUACAUCUCCACGCCCACUCACAACCUGCACUGGAAGUGUCUGAGGAUGAAGGUGUUCGUCUGCUGCGCCUCCACAUCGCACUCCGGGGAGAAGCCGGUCCCCACUCUCCCCCAGUUCACCAUGGGCCCCAAUGUGAAGAUCAACGUGUUGGAAGACUUUGAGGGAGAGAAUCCCCAGGUGCCCAAGCUAGAGAAGAGCAUCAGUGGGACCAGCCCCAAGCGGGAACACCUGCCUCUGGCCGUGGGCAUCGCCUUCUUCCUCAUGACACUCUUGGCCUCCUAGCUCUGCCCCUUCCUAUGACAGAGAGAGGUGGGGCAGGGCUGAGAAGGAGCAGGGAGCCAGCUGUGGAGCCUACGUCCUUCUUCCGUGGUUGGGAGCGGGGUCUGCACUGUACAUCUCUCUGGGCCUGCCCUCUUUGCCCACUCUUUCUAGGACAGGCACCGUAGUGGAUCAGGCACAGGGACAGCCACAGGUCCCAGGUGGCCUGUGGCUUUGGUAAUGUUUGGUACCAAACCUGGGGGCUAUAAAGGUAGUGCUCAGGACUCCCUGGCUCCUGGUACCUUUCCCUGACACUUGGUGCCCUCCCUCUCUGUCCCCCAAGAGGCAAAUAUGCCCCAGAGAGAACAAAUGAAGCAUGGGAGGUGCCCCUGUCACUCUCCUCUGGGGCAGAACAUGGGGAGGGGACUAGGUGGGUGAGGGGUGGAGCCUCAGGCUGCCCCUUCCCCUGUUUACAGCAAUAAGCACGUCCUCCUCCCUCCACUCCCACAUAGAGGACUGUGGUUUGGAUUGAAUCCAAGUUUACAAAUAGACACCCCUGGGGGGGAGCAGGCAGUGGACAGGGGUGGGCAUCGGGGUGCCAGACAGGCAUGUACAGACUCUAUAUCUCUAUAUAUAAUGUACAGACAGACAGAGUUCCUUCCCCUUCUUAACCUUGACCUUUCUUGACAUCCCUUUCCAGACUCAGACCCUUUCCCUCACCAGGUUAGGCCCCCCUUGGGACCCCCCUGGCCCCUCUUUUGUCUUCUGUGAAGACAGGACCUAUGCAACGCACAGACACUUUUGGAGACCGUAACAACAAUGCCCCCUCCCUUCCAGCCCUGAGCCGGGAACCAACUCCCAGGACCUUGCUCUGCCCACCCUCCGUGGGCCCCACCCUCCGUGGCCCCACCCACCCUGGGCCUUUUUCAAGUGCUUUGGCUGUGACUUUCAUACUCUGCUCUUAGUCUAAAAAAAAAAAAAUAAACUGGAGAUAAAAAUA